AUGGCAUCACACGGAAGAGACGCAAAUGCUAUCAUUAUUGGAGCUGGGCCAUCAGGCAUUUCCAUGGCUCAUUCUUUGAAGAAGAAACUGGGCUUUAACAAUUUCGAGGUUUUUGAAAAGCUCGACGGUCCGGGAGGAACUUGGAGAACAAACACUUAUCCAGGUUGUGGCUGCGAUGUUCCCUCACAUUUGUAUUCGUUCAGUUUCGACUUGAAUCCAGAUUGGUCGAGAGAGCUAUGCGAUCAAGCGGAAAUUCUCCAGUAUAUGGAAAAAACUGUAGAUAAAUUCGGAUUGAGAGCACAUAUGAAUUUUAAUGUUGCUUGCACUGGGGCCACUUGGGUCGGCAAGAAAGGAAGAUGGGAAGUCAAAUUCAUAGACAUCAAGACAGGUACCGGCUUUACACGCGAAGCGAGUGUGUUUGUGUCUGCUGUCGGGGGUAUCUCUGAGCCUAGGAACGUCAAGUUCCCGGGAAUGGAGGACUUCAAAGGAGCGAUGUUUCACACAGCUCGUUGGGAUCAUACAUAUGACUAUACCGGGAAGCGUAUGGCAGUUAUCGGAAACGGCUGUAGCGCGGCGCAGGUGGUGCCAAACGUGGUGAACAAAGUGGCAUAUGUUAAACAGUAUGCAAGGAGCGCACAGUGGUACCAUGAACGGCCGAACCAUCGUUUUACAGCAUUUGAGAAGGCAUGCUUCCGGUACAUUCCAUUCUGGCAGCGAUUACACCGACUUCGGUUGUUCCAAGCCAAUGACAACCUCGUUUCAACGUAUCUAUCUGGUCCAAAAGCAGAAAAGAAGAGAUUAGCUGCCGAAGCCAGUGCGAAGGACUACAUAUACAAAACAACGCCAAAGAAAUAUCAUGAGAUGAUUGUCCCAACAUUCCCACUUGGUUGCAAACGACGGAUUUUCGACCCAGACUAUCUCGAUUCUCUGCACUCCAGUAAUAUGGAUCUCGUUGCCGAAGGGAUUCAGAAAAUUGAUGCUACCGGUAUCACCAGUACCAGCGGUGUGAGGGACGAAUUCGACAUAAUUGUACUCGCGACCGGCUUUCAGGUGCAGAAUUUUCUGACACCUAUGAAAAUCGUUGGCAAGACCGGCCAGACACUUGAGGACCAGUGGGCAAGUGGCAAGGGUGCUCAAGCUUAUCUCGGUACCUACGUGCACAAUUUCCCAAACUUCGUCAUCCUGUUCGGUCCCAACACAUUCCCAGCGCACAACUCGGCGCUCUUUUGCUGCGAGGUGCAGGUUGAGUACGUUACCAAGACGCUCUUCAAAACCCUCAUGUCAGACCGGGCUGCAAUCAUUGAGGUGAAAGAGGAAGCGGAGGACUACCAUACGAAUUCUAUCCAGCAGGAACUUAAGGGCUCUGUAUUCUCAGCUGGAUGCUCGAAUUGGUACAUCAAUUCUGCUGGGCACAACUCUGCUUCUUGGCCAGGAUACGCGUCAGAUUUCUGGCGGAAGACUUUCUUUCCUAGAUUUGCUGAUUAUGACUUGAGAGAUGGGGAUAAACAUUGGUUUAUGAAAACCAUGGCACGGGAUGUUACGGCGGCGGUUUUCUCCAAGUACAUGGUUUUUACUGUAACAUUAUUCGUUUUGGGGUUUCUUGCGAAGACGAAGGUCUAG